UGUUUACAUCUUGUUUUUUGCUGACUUUAUCUUUCCUGCAGAAACGGCAGAUCUUGGUGACGGUCAUCGAAAUCUGCCUGCCGCUGCUCUUCGCCGCCAUCCUGAUAGCGCUGCGGCACCGGGUGCACUCCAUCAGCCACCCCAACGCCACCGUCUACCCUCCCGAGUCCGUGGAUGACCUGCCGGGCUUCUUCUACCACCGGCACCCCAGCAACCCCUGGGAGCUGGCUUACGUCCCCUCCAACAGCAGCGCCGUCAGGAGCAUUGCCGAGGCGGUGGAGAGGGCUUUACCCAUCAGCAUCAGAGCUCAGGGCUUUGCCUCGGAGCGGGACUUUGAGGAGUACGUCAGGUCGGACAACCGCUCGGGCAGCGUGCUGGCCGCCGUCGUCUUCAA